UGGAACAAGAAAAUUUUUCCUAAAAUUGUCCUAGGAGUUUUAGUGUCUUAUUUCAUUGGCCAGGAUUGGAACAAAUACCUAGUGCUAACCAAUCAGAGAGAGUAAAAAAGGGGAAAAUUGUGAUAGUUUUGGACACAAUGUGACCCGCUGCCUAGGAAUGAGCCCAGAACCUCUGAUUUCUUUGUCUUUGAAAAAGAGAUAACAUAUGUGGAAAACACUGGAUUUCCAAUAGGGAAAUGAGAAGUAGUGCUGGAGGCCAAUGAUGGAAAAUAAUAAUGCAUUUUACUGGUCUGUAGGACUCUCUUUUCCUCACCAUCCUCAAAACACGGGCUGUCCUCCUACAGUACAUAUGUGCAUUAGCGAGAGAAAGCUUAAGCUCAGCUCACAUGCCAAGGGUAAACACAGUCCUUUCCUUUUGUUUCCUUAGAAACAUGGCAUCUGCCUCGGCACAGUGUCUCCCCAGUGAGAUCAUCUGCCCCAUCUGCCAGGACACGUUCACAGACCCUGCCACCAUUAGGUGCGGGCACCGAUUCUGCACUCCCUGCCUCUGUCUCUUAUGGGAAGAUGCCCCAACAGUUACUUGCUGUCCUGUGUGCAAGGCGGUGUCUCCGAAAAUGGACCUCAAGAGCAUUAUUCUUGCUAAGAAACAUAUUCAUUCUACUGGAAACUCAGUUGUCUGCCAGUUACCUGGCUCUGCCAAGCAGAUGUGUAGGACACACCAAGUGAUAAAGCUCUACUUCUGUGAAGCCGACAAAAGCCUGCUGUGUCUGUUCUGCUCUUGUUCUGCACAGCAUGCCACUCACGAACACCAUUCAAUAAUGCAGGUUGCAGAGCACUACAGGGAGCACCUUCUGAUGCAAAUGAAGUCUAUUUGGAAAAAGAAACAGGAAAAUCAACAAAAUAUAAAAAAAGUGACCAACAUAUUCAGAGCAUGGGAGGGUUUUAUAAAUCUACGACUGGUGAUGAUACGAGCUGAAUACCCUAAAGUGUGUCAGUAUCUCCAGGAAGAAAAACAAAAACAUUUAGAGAUGUUGGCAAUUGAAGGCACAGUUAUUUUUCAGCGACUCCAUAGAAACGUAGCCAGAAUGAUUCAUAUGGGGAAACUCCUGAGAAAAAUAUAUGAGGAACUGAAGGAAAUGUGCCUUAAAGCAGAUGUGGACAUGCUCCAGGGUGUGGAAGACACAAUGAAAAGGAGUCAGUUAAUGCAGCUGUACAUUCCCCAGCCUUUGGAGCCACAGCUCAGUACAUGGACCAUCACUGGGAUGUUGGAAAGGCUUAACAGCUUCCGAGUGUAUAUUACGUUGGAUGGUAAAAUAAGAAACUGUCACGCGCCUCUGAUUGAAGCCCUGAGAUGUCUACAAUGCAGUCCUGUCCAUCGAGAUGUGCCUUGGGACCCAGCACGUCCAGAGAACACUCCUACAUGGGGUGCUCAGACCUUCACCACUGGCAAACACUACUGGGAGGUGAAUGUGGGCAACUCCUGUGAUUGGGUUAUAGGACUCUGCAAGGAGUCCUGGACAGGCAGGAGUGAUAUGCUGCUGACCUCUGAGGACAUUUUUCUACUUCUGUGUGUCAGGAAGGAUGGCCAUUUCAGUCUCUUUUCUACCUUCCCGUUCUUACCCCACUAUAUUCAAAGACCCCAGGGCUACAUAGGGGUGUUUCUAGAUUAUGAAUGUGGUAUGAUAAGCUUUAUUAAUGUUGCCAGAGGUUCCCUCAUCUGUAAUUUCCUCUCACGAUCUUUCUCUUUCCCUCUCAGACCUUUCAUUUGGUGUGGACCCAAAUGAUCAGGAACAGGCCACAAACCUGACCAAGGUUUUGGUAAUUCUAGUAGCUGAGGGGGCUCCUA